CUGGAUCUCAGAAGGAAGGGCUUUUGCUUGCUUCAGGAAAUCAGACCUGCUUUUGAACUGGACUAUUUUGGCUCCCCUUGUAAGAACUCUGGUGGCUCUCUCAGCCGUGCAGCCUCCUGGACUCCACAGUACAUGGAAAAAUGCAAGCUUUACCAGACGUGAAAGCGCCAUGUGAGGCACUUCCUUCCCCCAGCCUGGAGCCCUACCCGCAGAGCUCCAUUGUGGUCACCCUCGAAGACAUGGGUCUCUGGAUGAAGUUUCAUCAGAUAGGAACUGAGAUGAUCAUCACCAAAUCUGGCAGGCGAAUGUUUCCACAAUGCAAAAUCAAAGUCUCUGGCUUAAUCCCAUACGCCAAGUACCUCAUGCUGGUAGAUUUUGUGCCAAUGGACAACUUCAGGUACAAGUGGAAUAAAGAUCAGUGGGAAGUUGCUGGAAAAGCAGAGCCUCAGCUCCCUUGUCGCACCUACGUCCACCCAGAUUCCCCAGCUCCUGGCAGCCACUGGAUGAAAGAACCCGUCUCCUUCCAAAAACUGAAGCUCACCAACAACACUCUGGAUCAACACGGGCAUAUCAUCCUCCACUCCAUGCACCGUUACAAGCCUCGGUUCCACAUUGUGCAGGCAGAUGACCUCUUCAGUGUCCGCUGGAGCAUCUUCCAAGUCUUCAGCUUCCCCGAGACUGUCUUCACUUCUGUUACUGCCUACCAGAACGAGCAGAUUACAAAGCUCAAGAUUGACAACAAUCCAUUUGCUAAAGGUUUCCGCGAGCAUGGGAAGAACACUCGAAGGGAAGGACGAGCCAAAUGCCAGAAACCUAGUCCAGCCAAGGGCCAGAAGAGGAAACUGCCUGAGGAAAAGGAGUCCGGUGCUGAGGAACGUGAUUUUGAGAAAGAGGAGAACACAGAUGUGAAGGAAGAGAGUAAUGCCAUCGUGGUCAGCAGCGGAUACCCCUUCUGGGUCUCGGAGCAGAACGGCAGCCAUGCCUUUCCUGCAGCAUCGCCAGUGCCUGCUGACCAGAGGGAGGGUCUGGCCAGAGAGCAGCAAGUGCCUACGCCGUCCUACCAGACAUAUCGGUUCCAUGAAGCUGGAGACAGCCAGCAGCUUCCCACCCGUGACACUGCAACCCUGAAUGAUUUCCGGGCAAGGUGCCAUCCCUUGGAUCUCGCCACGGUGCCUGAGCACGACUCCAAACAGCUCCCAGAGGGCUUCACCAACCUGCCUCCUCUCCCUCCGCCUCUACCUCCUCCCCAGGACUACACAGGAGUGGUGAACAUGGCUCUAGACUCUGUUGGGAAACCUGGGGCCCGAGCGCCCAUGUACAGUCCCUACGGCACUGAGCAAGGCCUUGGCCAGUGGAUGGUGCCUUCCCACAGCCCGUACAGGGCAAUGAGCUACUCGACCUUCUCCACAGAAUACAAUACACAGGGGGCUCCAGGACAUGCCCAUGGGACCAUGGCAGAGUGGAGCCAGUACCCUCUGUUCCCUUAUGCCUGCUGGUGAAUGGGGAGACCCUUCCCAAUGAAAAAACUGAAAGAAAAUUGUAAAUGACAUCAAAUUUGCUCUGGAGUGUUGACCUUUUGAAGCCUUGCCUACACUACACAAAGAGGUAUUGCUGCAAGCGGUAGCAUGGGACACCUUCACUUCCUUGUCUCCUUGCACAACAACCCUCACCGUAUUUCACAAGCGAUGGCUAAACUGGUGGUGGCCCCGGACAUGUCAGUGUGGGUCUGGCUGAAUCAAUGUGUUCUGCAGUGCUUUUUUUCUUUCCCAGCAGGAGUAGGAAACCACAGGAGCUGCAAGAGCAGUGUUUAAAGAGAUGCUGAACUCUCAGUCCCAGGCUGUUUGCAUCUCGCAUUUGGCAGUUUCCAAAAAUCCCUUCCUCCCAGGACUGUGCAUGCAAGGACUGGGGAGUUUCAGUAAGCUGUCCAGGUGGCCAAGGAGCUGUAGAGAGUUAUUGCAGAGAUGAGCAAAACAAGCAAUCCUAGUGCCCCCUUGAGCAGUUUCCUCACGUAGUAUAGUCAAACUGAAGCUAGAGUCUUGCCCUUCUUCCAGCAGUAUUCCAGAGUAAAAUACACAGCAACACGCGUGCGUCUGCAGCGCAGCAGUGGGUCAUGCAGGCCCAUGAGGGAGGAGUUUGUCCUGUGCAGGACACGCAGCAGCAAGACUGUGUGUUGUGUCUGCGUGUCCCCGUGCCCAUCCCUCUUCUGUCACCCC